AUGUCCCCGGUGGCUUUCGAGUUGAACCACUGGAUCUCCAAGGUUCCCACCCCGGACCUAUAUGCUCUUUGUGUUGCCAUCCUUCUUGCGAUCUGGCUGACCUAUUGGCUCGGGCACCGAUGCUGUUGUUGGAUGCUCGGACAUCGUCACGUGAUCUCAUGGCGGCGCCUAAAUUCUCCUUCGCCAUGGAUCUUCCGAAAGGUGGAUAUCGACACGUAUCGGGAAGGUCUCGCAGUUGCCACUUUGUUUGCAGCUAAUGUCCUUGGGUUGAGUCUAUGGACGCACUCCUGGGCGGGAGCCCAACGAAGGGCCGGGUCUUUGGCCGUCAUUCACCUGAUACCCCUAUGCACCGGACUGACCUUUGGUCUCCCGGCGGAUAUUCUCCAUAUAGAUCGCCAGACUAUGGCAUGGAUGCACCGAUGGGUGGGCCGGCUUUGUGUGCUCCAUAGUCUGUUUCACGGGUCGCUUCUUUUUUCCAUUGCCAAAACUUCAGCCCUGAGGACAACCCGGCAUAUGGUUCCGUUCGUGGCGGUAUGUGCUAUGUUCCUCGUGGUGCCGUUGACUCAUGCCGUGGUUGUGCGAUCUCACAGGCAAUUUGCUCUGAAGUGUCACUAUCUCCUGGCGGCGAUCGCCGUCGGCGCCCUCGUCUAUCACCUGGUGGAGCGACAUUCCGUAUACCGCUGGUAUCUUCUGGGCGCCAUCUGUCUAUGGAUCGGCCUCACCGCAGUAGAGUGCACCAGGACCGUGCUGGCACACAAGCCGUGGAGAAACGGCCGGCACGAUAUGGUUGUGAGCUCUUUCAAUAACCUCCUGUGGCUUGAUGUCACGGUACCUGCCUCAUGGAACAUCCGACCAGGCCAGUAUGUGCAGCUGUGGAUGCCACGUGGCGGAUCUCGCCUCUGCCUGCAGCUUCCCCUCUUUUACGUUGCCUUCUGGGAGGAUGAAGGCACCCGACGCAUAUUGCGUUUAGUGAUCAGACCCCGUCGGGGCCAGGGCCUUGCUAAGAAACCUUUUCGAGAUAGAUUGAACACUCCGAUCGAAAAGCUGGUCAUUAUCCUAGGACCAUACGGACGGUCGGACAAUUUCUGCCAGUGUGGAACAAUUCUAUUCAUUGUGGAAGAUAUCGGAUUCUUCCGAAUACUUCCAUAUAUAGGAAUGUUAGUCCAAGCUAGUCUUGACCGGAGAGCUAUGGUACGGAAGUUGGUGGUUCUUUGGCAAGUCAAGGUCGAGGACUGGUGUUUCGCACAAUGGGCGGAUGACUUGGUACAAGACAUUCUCAGUCUGGACCGUGGAGGGUUCAAUAUCUUGCAGAUCAAUUUCUUUUGUCCAGACGGCAAACACCCCCUUUCUUCCAAACCAAGCGCCCGCAUGCACUUUUCUCAUUAUUCACGCAUAACGGAGAAGGAAGUCCUGCGACAUAGUAAUGACCAACGCGGAGACAUGGUGGUGGCUGUAUGUGCGGGUACACCACUGCGCAAGGUAGUGAGGAAAACCGUUCAGCCCCGGACUGGUGCUGGCUUGCGACUGGUGAAUUUCGACCUUGGGCCAUGUCAUGAAUGGGCACGCAAUGAUAAUACGCUCGGUGGCGCCGAGUCUACAGUCAACAACUUAACAGAAUUGAACUACGAGUUAUCCAGCAUGGGUACACCGUCCAAAGUAGCACCCUCGGUUCCAGAGAGUGGCCACCCUUGGCCCCGGAAUGAGCCGGUCAAGGAGCACCCCGAGAGCAACCACAACAAAUGGGUUAAAUCCAAGUUAGCCGAAGGACAGUAG